GUCGAGGUCGAGCUUCGUGAUAUCUGCUACGAUGUGCUGGGCCUCCUCGACAAAUACCUGAUCCCCAAGGCGAGCAACGCCGAGUCGAAGGUCUUCUACCUGAAGAUGAAGGGCGACUACUACCGAUACCUGGCCGAGGUGGCCACCGGUGACCGAAGGACGAGCGUGGUGGAGGAGUCGCAGAAGGCCUACCAGGAGGCGUUCGACAUCUCCAAGUCGAAGAUGCAGCCUACGCACCCCAUCCGCCUAGGCCUUGCCCUCAACUUCUCGGUCUUCUUCUACGAGAUCCUCAACUCGCCCGACAAGGCCUGUCAACUCGCCAAGCAG